UGUUUGAGUGGGCGGAGCCUGAACACCUGCCCAUCAAAACAGAGGACAGACGACAGCGAGUCGCUCACAGACGACACACACACACUCCAGCAUGUUCAAGAAGAAGGAAUACAGCCCUGCUAAAGCCGGACAGGCGCAGGUGAACGACCUGCUGUCUCUGGUCACACGCUUACAGCAGAGCGCAGAUCAGGUGGAGAAGAACAUCCUGCUGGCCGACAAACUGCUGGAGGAGGAUCUGGAGAAUGAGCGCAGGGGCUCUCCUCUCAGACAGCAGGGUCCGGCCGCUGAGAAUCUGUCUCAGGCUGAGAUGCUGCUGAAGGAUCUGUUCAUGGACGUCAGCAAAGUCAAGAAGCUCCAGCACCCGCAGGCCAGCAUCAUCGAGCGCGAUGUGAGUAACCUGCACGAUCGUUGGUCCAAAUACUGCGGCACAUACAGGCAUCUGUACGGGCAGCUUCACGAGCUCUACCUGCCGCCCGGAGUGGACUGGAGCAAACUGAUGAGUGACAAACAGAAACUCCUGCAGGACGAGGCUUACGGCCCGACUCUGACUGAUGUGGAGAAGCAGAUCGCACAACACAACAUCCUGCACAAGCAGAUAGAGGAGUACCACAGAGCCCUGGAGGACAGCGGAGAUAACUCGUCUGCUCUUCAGAAGCAGUAUGCGGCUCUGCUGGCGUCAUCAGCAGGUCGUCGUGCGCAUCUGUCGUCGCUGUAUGAGCUGAUGCAGGCCUGCAGUAGAGAGCUGCAGUAUCUCAGUGAGCAGCAGCAGAAGAUCAUCAGCAGAGACUGGAGCGACCGCAUCAUCGACAGCGCUGGAGUGCGCAUGGAGAACGAGAGGUUUAAGAACAACGGUCUGCUCACACACGAAAGAGAAGUGAGCAAACUACAGGAGGAGGCCAACGCUCUCAUUCAGGACAAACACCCUGGCGCAGCUGCUGUCAAG